AUGGUUAAUAAAAUCGAUGCUGAAUCUCGUUGUUCUUUGUCUGUACUGACUGUACAGUGUGGGAACUUCGCUGUUUUGGUGGAUGUUCAUAUUUUGCCUCAAGGCUCCAGUAAAGACACCAGCUGGUUUUCAGAUCAUGAGAAAGAGGAGGUCUGCAUGCUGCUAGAAGAAGUUGUUGCUGCAAGGGUCAAGCACUUCUUGGAAGCGCCUAAACAACGUGGUCAAUGGAAGUCAAUGGAACAUCCACCAUCUGGUCCUUUGUUUCUUACUGAGCUACGUGUGUUUCCAGACAGAUUUAUUGUUUGCGUCAGUAAACUUGAAUUUGAUCCAAGUGCUUGGACAUGUGAAAAUGGUGUAUUGAAAGAAGAACUUUCCAAUGGGACAUCUGAAUAUUUUACUGAAUCUGCUGAGGACAAGAUGCUUAAGAUUAGUCUGAAUGAGCAAAUAAAGCAAGACAUCUUGAAAGAAAUCAUGAAAAGGACAAAAACAAGGAAAGGUGGCACAAGCAAACCUCCAAUCAGCAAGGACUCCAAGAAAGUGUGUCUUGGCUCAGUGGACUCACGGACAGGGAGCAGAAAGAACGACUGUCAAACUUGUCCCAAUCCUCAAUCUGAAGUGAAAUGUAGGAAUAUGGGACAGCUAAAGGACUGCAUAAAUACAGCUGAGAGCAACUUGGAGCUUCCUGUUUUAGAGCUGGAAAAUUAUGUUAAUCAGAGACAGCCAGAUGAUGUUAGCAGCCAGCAAAAACCUCACUCUGUGGAAUGGUUGAAGUCAAGUCUUCUAAGCGAGAACCCUCCUUGUAGCUCUGAGUCAGCACUGCUGGGUCCAAAACAAAGUCAAAAAGUGACCGAAACACAGGCUCAACAAAAGAGCUGUGGUUCAGAAGAAAAGUUAGAGCAUUUUAAAAAAAUAUCCUCCCAAGGUGGUACUUUAAUUCCUAGCAAUACAGAAAUGAGUAAGUGCAAUGACAAUUGUGUAGGUCCAUUCCCAGAGGUGAAGACCCCACUUAAUUCCAGGUUGUUUUCUAAACAAGACUUGGCAAAGACUGUGUCUGAUGAGGAGUCACAAACUUUGGGAAAAAACCUUUCCCAGCCUCUUUCUGUGAGGAGCAAUAUAGUGCAGACAAGUGAAAAUGAGCCAAGCACAACCACUGAAGAAUUGCCUGUGAUGCCAUCAUCUUGUGUAGAACUGCAGCCUGUGCCUUCAGAGCAGCUUACCCAAAAAAGAAAAAAAGAAGCUGAAAGUGGUCUCAGGAAGUUAAAACUGCGAAGGCUUAAGAAGUCAUAA